AGUGAUGAAGUGAAAUCAGCCCCCCCUCUCCCAGGAUAAAUCCUGUUACGUAAAAUGUGCGCGUGCUGUUUGCGCCACAGGUUUGAGCAGCAGCUGGUGCGCCUGCGCCUUUCUAUUGGUUGCGGGCGGCGCGAGUUCCAGGCUGGCGGUCCAAUGAGGAGCGGGAGGAGGAGGAGGAGCAGGAGAGGGAGCAGGUUUCUCUGUCACUAAUCUGCCCGCGCGCCUCACUCGCGCUAUGAGAGCGAUUAGAGCGAGCAGCGCCUCUGCGUGACGCACGCACGCGCACCGGCAGGGACCCGGGACCUGGAUCCAGAUCCGGAUCGGGACUGCUCUGGGUUUAUCUGAGGGGAUCCUGGAGGCGCGCGCGCGGCGGGACGGGAUAAGGACACCUGAAGGAGUGGAGGACAGACACCGUCAGGACCACUGCUGAGGAUGGGGAACUUGGAGAAAAAGUCUUCAGUCGACUGGAUCUGCAGCCCUCUGCUCAGCAUCUGAGACCCAGCAGGACCAGGGGAGUACCAAGGAGCACAAGCACAACCAGGACCAUGUCUGCGCCCAGAGACCCGUCAUGGAUUAGCCCCCCCUGGGCCAAAACCAGCCUUUUUCUGCCCUUGUGGCUGCUGUCCGCCUGUCUGCCCCUCCUUCAAGCCCAGCAGCACCCGGUGGUCACCACCAACUACGGGAAGCUGCGAGGAGUGAAGGUGACGCUUCCCAACGAGAUCCUGGGACCGGUGGAGCAGUACCUGGGAAUCCCCUACGCCAUGGCCCCAACCGGAGAGCGGAGGUUCCAGCCGCCGGAGCCUCCCGUCUCCUGGCCGGGCAUCAGGAAUGCUACGCAGUUCCCGCCGGUUUGUCCUCAGUUCCUGGAGGACCGCUUUUUACUCAACGACAUGCUCCCCGUGUGGUUCACCGCCAACCUGGAUACGGUGGUGACGUACGUGCAGGAGCAGAGCGAGGACUGCCUCUACAUGAACAUCUACGUGCCCCUGGAAGACGACAUCCACGAUGAGAACGGGCUGAAGCCGGUCAUGGUCUACAUCCACGGGGGCUCCUACAUGGAGGGGACGGGCAACAUGAUCGACGGCAGCAUCCUGGCCAGCUACGGGAACGUCAUCGUCAUCACCAUCAACUACCGGCUGGGGGUUCUGGGUUUCCUCAGCACGGGGGACCAGGCAGCCAAGGGCAACUACGGCCUCCUGGACCAGAUCCAGGCCCUGCGCUGGAUCAAAGAAAACAUCCAGGCCUUCAAAGGAGACCCCAAGAGAGUGACCAUCUUUGGCUCGGGCGCCGGGGCGUCCUGCGUCAGCCUGCUCACCCUCUCGCAUUACUCAGAAGACUUGUUUCAGAAAGCCAUCAUCCAGAGUGGAACGGCGCUGUCCAGCUGGGCGGUCAAUUACCAGCCGGCCAAGUACACCCGAUCCCUUGCCGAGAAGGUGGGCUGCAACAUGCUGGACACCGCCGACCUGGUGGAGUGUCUGCAGAAGAAGAACUACAAGGAGCUGAUCGAGCAGUACGUCACACCGGCAAAGUACCACAUCGCCUUUGGGCCUGUGAUCGACGGCGACGUCAUCCCCGAUGACCCGCAGAUUCUCAUGGAGCAGGGGGAGUUCCUGAACUAUGACAUCAUGCUGGGGGUCAACCAGGGCGAGGGCUUUAAGUUUGUGGACGGCAUAGUGGACAGUGAAGACGGGGUGUCGGCUAACGACUUUGACUUUGCUGUGUCGGACUUCGUGGACCACCUGUACGGCUACCCGGAGGGCAAGGACACUUUGCGUGAGACCAUUAAGUUCAUGUACACAGACUGGGCGGAUAAAGAGAACCCAGAAACCCGGCGGAAGACUCUGGUGGCUCUCUUCACGGACCACCAGUGGGUGGCGCCGGCCGUGGCGACAGCCGACCUCCACGCCCAGUACGGCUCGCCCACGUACUUCUACGCGUUCUAUCACCACUGUCAGAGCGACAUGAAGCCCAGCUGGGCCGACUCCACGCAUGGGGAUGAGGUCCCGUACGUGUUCGGGAUCCCCAUGAUCGGCCCCACCGACCUGUUCAACUGCAACUUCUCCAAGAAUGACGUCAUGCUGAGCGCCGUGGUCAUGACCUACUGGACCAACUUCGCUAAGACGGGGGACCCCAACCAGCCGGUUCCUCAGGACACCAAGUUCAUCCACACCAAGCCGAACCGCUUUGAGGAGGUGGCCUGGACCAAGUACAACCCCAAAGACCAGCUUUACCUCCACAUCGGCCUCAAACCCAGAGUCCGGGACCACUACCGAGCCACCAAGGUGGCCUUCUGGCUGGAACUGGUCCCCCAUCUUCACAACAUCAAUGAGUUUUUCCAGUACGUGUCCACCACCACCAAGAUCCCGCCCCAGGACACCACCCCCUACCCGUACACCAAGCGCUUCCCCGGCAAGAACAACUGGCCGUCCACCACGCGCCACCCGGGGAUCCCCUCCGCCAACAACAAGCAGGGCACGGACCAGCGUCUGAGCGGCGACCUGAGCGACGAGUCCACCGUGGUCAUCGAGACCAAGAGGGACUACUCCACCGAGCUGAGCGUCACCAUCGCCGUGGGGGCGUCGCUGCUCUUCCUCAACAUCCUGGCCUUCGCCGCGCUCUACUACAAGAAGGACAAACGGCGGCACGAGUCCAACCGCCGCCUCCCCACGCCGCAGCGCAACGCCGCGCCGGCCAGCGCGCCGUCCACGGCCAACGACGUGGCGCACCUGCAGAGCGAGGAGCUGAUGUCUCUGCAGGUGAAGCAGCAGCUGGAGCACGAGCACCACCACGAGUGCGAGUCCCUGCAGAGCCACGACGCGCUGCGGCUCGCCUGCCCCCCCGACUACACCCUCACCCUGCGCCGCUCGCCGGACGACAUCCCGCUGAUGACCCCCAGCACCAUCACCAUGAUCCCCAACGCGCUGGCGGCCAUGCAGCCGCUGCACAACUUCAACACCUUCGGCGGCAGCCAGAACAGUACCAACCUGCCGCACGGACACUCCACCACCCGCGUAUAGCUCGGCGGGGCGGGGAGGCCGCCGCCCACAACCGGCGGACACCCGAAAGCACAGACUCCAAAGUUUAACAGAAAUUAUUUUGUUACCACGCCUUCUUCAGAUGUACAAACACGUGGCGGGAACUCGUGAGGAAAGUGAAUGUUAUUUUAGUAGGAGCUCCGUGUGGAGCAAAGCAUCAUGGGAGGUUUUACCAAAAAGGGACGCGACCAGAAAUGACUGUUAAUAUUUUCCAGAAGUCAGACUUUGUGCCAUGCAGGAGCCGGACUGGAGUUUUGGGUAUUUAUGAAAACGUUAAAAAAGGCGGGAAGACGCGUUAUGUUUUAAAAAAGAAGAGCGUUCCUUCUGCUGUCGUUUCUUUCUGGUUCUCUCCGCUCGUGCUUCAGUUUGACGUGAGUGUUUCAGUAUAUCCCCACCCAAAAAAUGUCGGUUCUUUUCUCUGACUGUGCGUCAUCGACUCGUCACUAUGACCAGAAUCACCGCGCCGGAGCGCCGGGCGCCACCGCUCUGCUCAGAUCCCUCCCUCCCAUCCCGGCCGGAGCGACUCCGCCUUCUGCCCGGCGGUUUCGCUCCGCCUCCCGGCGGUCUCGCUCCGCCUCAGCCACCAUGUGACCAGAAAUGUAUCAUCCAGAAAAAAGAAUUUUUGUAUGAAUAUUAGUUGGAUAUGUUUGUAAAGAAUUCUAUGUUCGAUAUUUCAACUCGUCAUAUGCUAGCAAUACGUGAAAAACAAAAAAACCUGCCAGACUUGUGAAUGAGUGUAAAUAUGAAUCCAAACUCCCAUCAUGCCUCUCUUCAUCUGCAUCUAAACACCAGAAAAAAGAGGAAAAUGCAGUUUUUAAAGAUGUUUCUCCGUUGGGUUUUUAAUGUGGACUUUUCUCCGUUUGUCAGACGGUUGUGGGUUUGCAGGUUUGCCUUACGUGAGACUGGCUACACACCUGUACAAACUUUUUCUGCAUUUUUCUAUUCAAAUACGACAGUAUUUUCUAAAAAUAAAAAAGGAGGAAACAAAAAGAAACAUCA